CGGAAAGAACGUUUGGAUCGUGUGAUUGUUUUUUGUGUGUGUAUUUUCUGAUCGAAGUGAAACUUACGGACGUGUGGGUGUUAUUUCUUUGAUAGCAAGUGCACCCCAGUGCAUUUACCUACUCUAGAAUCAUUCCUGCAAAAGACAAUUUUGUGUUGGUCAACAACAGUAACAUUUGAGGAAAAUAACUUGAAAACCGGCUUGCUGUCAAGUUGCACACCGUGUGUGUGUGCGUGUGUGGUUUUACUGCAAUGGCUGUUGGGGCCCAAUCUGGAUUGCAAUGCACAGUGGUGGUGCUUAUCUUCACAUGUUUGGUUUGUCAAGCGCUUGGAUACGGGGUAGAUCCAUCUCUUGAGGUGAACUUUCUGGAGGCAAUUGCUCUGAAAUCAAGCACAGCUACGGGUAUUAGGCAAGUGCCAGGCUACAUCAGUGAGGAGCCAGCCUAUGAAUUAGAAGGGACGGAUAGAAAUCUUCAGAUUCCAGAAGAGUUCUUUGCCAAAACAAAGACGCUACUAGGAUCUUCAAAAGACUUUACCAUUUUGGCAACGGCCAAACAACAGAACAGAAAUGCUGGCAGUAUUGUAACCAUAUCAGUAGGACGAACAAGCGUCAACAAGGUGCAUGACCCCUCGUUCGUCCGAAACGAUCAAAGGUUUAUGGAGUUAUUUAUGAGUACAAGAUCUCAGGAAAUUCGUUUCUACUACACGCACAAGGACAAAGUAAUGAUGGAACGUUUUGACGCCGAUUUGGUACCCAACCGAUGGACCCGGGUGGCGUUGAGCAUCAGCGGCACUCAUGUCCGACUCUUCGUGGACUGCAAGGAGUUGGCCUCAAGAUACAUACCUCAGCCCAAUCUGGUGAUUGACAACCCGGAGAUGGGGGCCUGGGUUGGACAGCGAAGUCCGGAUAAGACUUACUACAAGGGCGAUCUUCAGAGUGUGAGGCUCAUAGCUAUGCCGCAAGGUUUCCUAUCGCAGUGUCCGUCCUUGGACAGGUCCUGCCCAACCUGCGGUCAGUUCCAGGACAUGGUGGACGGGAUACAGGAACUUGAGGGUCGCAUCAGGUCCCUGGAGCAUCAGCUGUUCUCUGCAGAGACUCGCAUUGAGAAGCUUCAGCAGUGCCCGUGUGCAAAGACUUGUGAAGUCAACGGCGUGAUCUAUGAGAAUGAGGAAGUGUGGCAAGAUGGAUGCUCACAAUGCUCGUGUAACAGCGGUAAACCAACAUGCGGACCCCUUAAAUGCCCUGAAGUGUACUGCAAAAACCCUGUACAUGAACAUGGCCAGUGCUGUCCCUCAUGCAAGAGAAACUGUACAUCAUCGGGUGCAUCUUAUGGUCAUAUGGAAGAAUACCAAGAAAGACGCUCUAGAGGCCCAGUACAGAUCUGCACCACAUACAAAUGCAUGGAUGGGGUCGCUACUUCUAAGAGUAGUACGAGAGUAGACUCUGCAUGUACAGCACCAGACUGUGGAGGAGCUCCAAGCUUCAAUGUUCCUGGUCAUUGCUGCAAGUUCUGCCAAGGUAUGGACUACUGCAGCCUCGGUAAUACAUGCGAGCACCCCAAAGAAUGCGUCAAUCUCCAGACAACAUACACCUGCCAGUGUCCGAUGGGUUAUACUGAAACAGAUGGAGUCUGCGUGGACAUCAAUGAAUGCGCUGAUGUCAACCACCACUGUAAUGAGGGUACAUCGUGUGUUAAUACACUAGGCGAUUACCAGUGUGACUGUCUACCGGGAUAUUCACGUUUGACUGAUACGAUGUGUGAACAAAUAAAUGAGUGUGAGACAAAUCAACACAUCUGCCACAAGAAGGCAACUUGUGAAGACACUGAUGGAAGUUACAGGUGUGUCUGUCAGGCGGACCACGCAGGAGAUGGAAAAUCAUGCACAGCUGUUUGCCAGGAGCCGUGCUUGAAUGGAGGGAUGUGCAUUAAGCCUGGACAAUGCUCCUGUCCUGAAGGAUUUACUGGAACACAGUGUGAAACAGAUUUGGAUGAGUGUGCGACUGGGUCACAUGACUGUCAGGACAACUCUAUCUGCAUUAACCUACCUGGGAAUUAUCACUGUCAGUGUGAACCUGGUUAUCAGUACAUAGACAGUGUAGGAUGCUUAGAUGUCAACGAAUGUCAAACAGAGAACACGUGUGACUCAACGAGGCUUUGCAAUAAUCUGCCAGGCUCCUAUGAGUGUCUGUGCUUGCCGUCUGGUCGCUGUUCAUCAGACUGUGUUGUCAAGAAACAACACUACAAUCACGGAACCUCGUGGGAAGACAGUCAAUGCCAGACUUGUACAUGCAUGGCUGGUGUAAUCACCUGUAAAGCUAAAGAAUGUGAUUGCAGCAGUAGACUGAGUGAGUCCGAGGCUUACUGCUGCCCUCAGUGCAGUGCCUCUAGUCAGUGUCUGCACCAAGAAUCAGCCCUAGUGGUGUAUAACGAUGGAGACAGAUGGAAAUACAACUGCCAAAAAUGCACCUGUCAGGCCGGAACCAUUAAAUGUACAGCUCCUGCAUGCCCAGCCCCAAACUGCCUGGAAACGUACACACCAGUUGGUGAAUGCUGCCCUCGUUGUCGAGUCCACAACGCCUGCGACAGGGUGAGCCUAGCCGUGGAAGGCUCUACCUCCAUGAGUAGCUGUGACAACCAGGGGGCGCUCUACUUGCACAAUCAGUGGUGGUUCCUAGAGGAUGACCAGUGCACAGAAUGCAUCUGUAGGAAUGGACACAUUUGCUGCUGGUACAACAUUGCUUGCAAUAUGUAACGAAGCUUCAAAGACAGAUAAACAUUAAGAAGUACAGGUACUAGAAUGGCAACAACCACCCAAACAUAGUCUUCACUAUCGACCCUGGACGACUUUUGACGUGACAUCCAUAAAGGUCAGAACAAAGAAAAAAAAUCUCCUUUUGUAGUAUUCUGAACAGAUUGGUGCUUAAUGGUACAGCUACAUAAUUGGGUUCUGUUUACCAAGUGGCAGCCAUUCUCGUCCUGUAACUUUGCAAGAAAGUAUUAUAAAAUCAGGAGCAGUUUUAAUAGUCGGGACGCCUCUUGCUACAACUAGCGCACAUUUUGUUCGAACGUGUCAUUUAACCUAAAUUCCCUUUUUGUAACCUUAGAAGGGCCCAAUUUAAUGGCUCUGCUAACCGCAAGCAAAAAAUCAGCAUUUAUGGAAGCAGGGAAUGCCUCGCUUCAAGCAUAUUUCAGCGGUUAGCAGGGAUUUUUUGCCCGUGCAUACUCUACAUUACUAGGCAUGCUUUGCUUACAAGAAAUUGUGCCAAGUUCUUAGGACAGUAAUUCAGUGGGACCUUAAGUCUUUGCAACAUAAAAACUUAGUCCAGAGCUGUCUACUUUCUCGCACAGUUGAAGAAAAAAUAACUUGCUCGCUGACGUUCCUUUAUGAUUUUGGUAAUCAUAGGCAUCUUUAUUAAAGGCACUUGACACUAUUGGUAAUUACUUAAAGCAAUUGUUAGCAGAAAAUUAAAUUGGUAACAAGC